CCGGUCGCCUCCUGGAAUGCAGCCGCAGCCUACGCUCCCUCCUCUCCUCUCCCUCUUCCCGUCCCUCCGUUCUCAGGCAUAGCGGGGAAGGAUCGCCUGUUGAUCGACGCACGGCACGGCACGGCAUUUCCCAGCCACCGCACGGCAGACCUCGCUGAGUAACGCGAGAGAUAAUGGCAGGAUCACCGGAGGAGGAAAGAACAGCUCCGGAGGCCAGCAGGAGGAGCAACGCCGGCAGCAGUAGCUGUAGUAGCUCCAGCAGCAGCAGCAGCAGCGACGAUGACGUGCCGGUAGAGCACAUCGCAGUAACCGUCGGCGGGCCGGACGGAAGGGACCCUACUGAAGAGCCCGCUGCCGUCGACGGCGCCACCGGCGGCGUCGUGAACGCGCGAGGACAGCAAUGUGACCAAAAGGUGGCUGCAGGGAGGCUCAAGCUCAACGUCAGGAGGAGCGAUCUCGUGUUGACGCUGAUGGUUGCAGGAGGGGUUGCGGUCGCCGUUGCAGCAGCUUUCCUCGCCAGCAAAAAGCGUUGAUGCUGGUGGCAUCAGGGAAUAGCCCCUCUCCCCUGUUUUCGCCGGGCCUUUGGAAAGACCCAUCUGUAUUUUUCUUUGCCACUGUUUCAUAACGUAUCAAAAAGGAAUAAAAGACAAGAUUUUUU